CCUAGAUGGUAUACUUUAUGGCUGAAGCUGCUAAUGGUUUUAUUCAAUACUGAGGUUAGAGGAGAGCAAAGAUCAAAUUCGUCACUGCUGUCUCAGAGGUGUUUUCAGUUCUCAGGCAGGCGCAACUGGAAUGCAGCUAAAGACUUGCAGAGAUACAGACAUCAUUACCCGGGUUUGGUGGAACCAGAAAAUGAGGCGGAAGAAGAGAUGUGGAACUUAAGCUUUUAUAAAAAUGAGAUUUGUUUUUCGCCCCGUGGUUUGCGUAUUGAAACUCUGCUUGAAUCUUGGUGGGACAACUAUGAAGUUCUGGAAGAAAACCAUUCUUACAUACAGUGGCUGUUCCCUUUACGUGAACAUGGGAUGAACUGGCGUGCCAAACCACUCACGUGUCAAGAAAUCCAGGCCUUUAAGAAGUCCAAGGAAGUUAUGCAAAGGUUUGUAUGUGCUUAUCGGCUCAUGUUGAGAUUUUAUGGAAUCACUCUGAUCAGCGAGGAAACUGGAGAACUUGAGAGAGCAAAGAAUUGGGCUGAACGAUUUCAGAACUUGAACCGGUUCAGCCACAACAAUUUGCGGAUUACUCGCAUCCUGAAGUGCCUGGGGGAGAUGGGAUAUGAACGCUAUCAAGUGCACUUGGUGAAGUUUUUCCUAACAGAAACUCUUGUUAAGGAGACAUUACCAAAUGUCAAGAGAAGUGCCUUGGAUUACUUCCUGUUCACCAUCAGGAGCAAACGGAAGAGAAGAGAACUAGUCCACUACGCUUGGCAACACUUCAAACCUCGAGGCAGCUUCGGGUGGGGGCCGCACGACAAACUCUUGAAGUACAGACCCCGCUCUGCCAAGUCGCAGCUGCACCAAAAGGCUGAAGGUGAACAGGAGACUCCUGGUAAAAAACCUGAUGAUUCUGUGGAACAGGAUCAGAACCAGUCUCUGGAGGAAGAACAGAAAGCUGGAGAAGCUGCAAACUUGCAGCCUAAAGUGAGUGAUGAAGGUGUAAAAGAAAAGAUAAGUGAAUGUGGUUUGAAGGAAGGAGAUGGUGAAGAGGAGAGAGAGGCUUCAUUUACCCCGCAGGAGGAGAAGGAUUUAAACAGUGAGGCUGAAGACGUACAGGGUACAGCAGAGAAUGAUUGCACAAAGGAGAGCAAGAAGAGAAAACUGGAUGCAAAUAUGGCAGACACUGCAAAGAGUGGACUGCUGAAAAGCCCUACUGAUAUUGAAAACAUUUCCCGUAAUCUGGGAGAAUGUGCAAUUGAUGCAGAAAUCCCCCCCUCAGUUCCACUCUUACAAGCAGAAGAGGGUCAGGAGGCACUGAAAGAAGACAAUGCAAGCACCAAAGACUCCACAGUGCCAGAGACUGCCGAUGCGGCUGUGAAACGGAGGAAAGUUGAUAAAAGAACAUCGAGAAGUAAAACGUUCAACUUGGCCAUAAACCUGAACGUGGGGCCCUCUGCCUCUAGUGCCAAGUUAAAUCCACCUGUUGCAAACACGGAGGCUGAAAAAGAAAAUGUCAGUGAGAAAACCACAGCUGUGGAAGUGACAAGCGAGAAGGGUGGAGGUGAUGCAAGUGGUGGGGCUGUGAGACCCCCGGUUAGUUCCAGGCUCCCCAAGACUGGCUGGACUUCUCCAGUAAGUGAUGGCUUGAAGUCGAGUGGAGACCAAGUCACAGCAAGGAGUGAUGAGCACCACUGCCACAGCACGCUCCUGGGAGGCAAAAGUGAGGUAGAUGGGGUAGAACAGCGUAAAAAGGCAGCAAAUGCAAGUGAAAAGGGGCAAGCAGAAGCCCCAGGCAAGAAACCAGUUCCAGAGAGUCUUGAGCAGAGCAUGGCAUCUACUUGCCCUGAAGAAGACAAUGCUGAGGCUGCAACACAAAAACCUGAAAGCUCUGAGCGUGCAGCAGAACCUGAUGAAGAGGAGGUAGCUGCAGAGUGA